AUGGAGAUGAUCACGGAUGUAGCUGCUAAUGCUUUGAAAGAUAAUCCAUAUUUCAGCGCUGCUCGAGGCGCAAGUGGCAGUCGAUUUAAGCGGGCUGCUGGUCAGCAUUUAAGUGUGGAAACGAAUGUUGUCCGUACAGAUGCUGGAAGGAUUCGAGCGGCUUUUAAUUUUAUUCCCAGCACUGGCGUUCAUUUCAUUUUCCACCAAGGCCGAGUUUUAAGGGUUGAACGAACCAGAUCGCAGCAAACCCUUCAGGGCGCUUCAGCUGCUCCUUUUGAAACCGUUACGUUGACCACUUUGGGCCGAGAUACGAGCAUCUUUAACACACUACUUGAGGAGGCUCGCUCAGCAGCUGUGAUGAAGGAUGAAGGCUGGACACUAAUCUAUAAGGCCUUUGGGUCGGAAUGGCGUCAAUUCGGAUAUCCUCGUCCCCGUCGACCGCUAACUUCUGUUGUGUUGGACAAGGGGCUUGCCGAAACUAUCUCUUCUGAUGUCAAGGAAUUUAUCGAAAGUCAAGCCUGGUACACUGAACGUGGCAUUCCCUAUCGACGUGGAUACCUACUUUAUGGUCCCCCAGGAUGUGGCAAAAGCAGUUUCAUCACAGCUUUGGCAGGUCACCUGGAGUACAGUAUCUGCGUCCUGAAUUUGAGUGAGGUGGGCAUGUCUGCCGACCGAUUGGAUCACCUCCUUACACACGCUCCCCUACAGUCGAUCAUCCUCCUCGAAGACAUCGACGCCGCCCUUCCUAGUCGCGCUCAGUCUGGUGAAGCCUCCAAAACGUGUAUGUUAUCUCUAACUGACUGUGCUUUUCCGCUAUCUCUUCCACAGCUGAACGUUGACUCAAAUGUGACCAGGCAUCUGGACGCCCGGAUUCCAGCUGUAAAAGAGUGGGACGCCAUGGUGCUACACUUUCUCGGCCUUGACCACAUCGGACACAUUGAGGGCCCCACGGGAGCCAGUAUCGCCCCGAAGCUUCGCGAAAUGGAUGAAAUUGUGGGGAAAGUGUAUAAUCAUUUGGUCAGUUCCUUUAUACUUUACGUUAUUUUAUUCUAUUGA